ACGAUUCGAGCAUCAUUGCCAGCAUUGCUAACAUUUACUGAGGAUAUGAGUGCAUGCCUAUGCCGCAUUUUCCAUUGAUAGUUUUCAAACGCUACUCAACUUAAGUCGUCUCAAUUGAAUUAUCUUGUUAUAAAUUCCGCUUAAUGCUCAUUUGCAGCAAUUUUAGGUUAGUGCUCGGCAAGUAUGAGUCUGCUCAGACAUUUUCGGGGUUCUAAGACUAAGGAUGAGAUAUAUGCAGAUGUGGAACCCCAGGUUGGUUUCAAACUAGCUUUCAACAACAAAACUGGAGAGAUGAUGGUUAUUGUAUUAGGUGCGAAACAGUUGCCUACCAGCUAUGGGAGCAACAAAACUCAGGGAUAUUUAAUAAAGGUGACAGUAUUCCCGCAAAAGGAAAAAUUCGAAACUCAGAUUGUCGAACAAUCUUGGCCAACAUUCGACGAAGAUUUCAAAUUCAAGAUACAGUCGUUUUCGAAAUUUGGCGACUGCUUGAAAGGAAAAUUCAUAUCAUUUACGGCUUAUGCUCUUCUCUAUGGUGAACAGGAGAGACAGAAAGAAAGCAAAUCCCUUAUUGGUCGCUUCGUAGCCUUUGCAGGUGGUAAGCAGAAAAGAAAUAGCAGAACCAGAAAGAGUUUUCGACAUUCCUUAAGUAACAGAAGAACAAUUGGAAGCGUAACGUACAAUUUAGAGAUGAAAAAUUUCAGUGUUAGAAUAAGCGACGAUGUCAGCUCAACCCCAGAGAUUUGGAGAGGUCUUAAGGAGAUCUCAAGUGGAGUUGUAAAUAAUGCUAGAGACAGCAAAAAGGGUUGUGUAGAAGUCACAAUGUUGUACACAGUAAGUGAAGUUGGUAAUAAGGAUUUAAUCGAGGUGGGAGUAUCUAAGCUGAGGUGCAAUAUCCAAACCAUGGAGGAACAUGAAAGAUUAGGAGGAAAACUAUACUUGAAAAUAUCCGCAUUCGAAAUGGAUGACGUCAUUCAGAAGAUGAAAAGCGACAAAUUCGAUCCAACGAUAAGUUUAAAACUCGAAAAAAAAUCAGCUCGACUGAAAGUCAAAGUUGACGAGCAUAGUUGCACCCAAUUGAGAAUAUUAAUUAAACUUAUGUGCACGCCUCUUCUUGGACAUAAAUUAGAGCUCGGCAGAAUAGAAAUUGAUAGUAGGAGUGACAUAUGGAAAGACAUGAUAAAGUCUCCAAUGGUGCCAAUCACGAAGGUUAUCAAUUUGGAUUAACAGUACUUUAUUUCUGGAUUCUAGCAAUUGGACAAUUGCAGAAUUGGCUAUUUAGUAACAUAUUUAUACUCCUGGUGAUAUUAAUUUUAUAUUUAUUCUCAUUUAUAUUGUCAACGAAAUAUAGUUUUAUUACAAUUA